UAAUAUACAAAAAAUUAUGUACAAUUAACGUUAUGCAAAUUAUUAAUCCUUCUAGAAAAAGAAAAACAGAAAAUUAGUAAGCGUGGAGCGUCCGGCAUUGUGGAAAAGGGCUUAGAGUUAGAGAUUUCCGUCUGAUUCUGGAAUUUAUUUUUAAUUGAAUUAAUUGUUUCUCAAUAUCAGCCAAAACUUGCUUUUUCCCCACAAUUCACGAGAUUACUGUACAGCACACGAGAAAAAGAGACCGGAAUUCAUGGCUUUUUCUUCAUUUCUUAAUCAUUUCUCUGACCCUUGAAGCAUCCAAUGCCAUUACUCCCACGAAAUAACAUAGUAAAUUAUACUGGAAACAAAAGUCAGAGCUUUGGAUUCUACAUUUUGACUUUAAAUACUGACAAAACUAAAAUAUUAUACUAAAGUAUUUGUAUGUAUAAAGAAAAAUUCCAUGCACGAGGGUUAGAUGCACGGGACACUUGCAGAAUGUCAAACUUUUUAAGAAAAUGAAAAUGCUAGUAUUUGCUUUAUGGAAGUAAGUCACUCCCCUCCCUCCGUCUCCCCUUCGACACAUUUAUUCAAUCCUUUUUCAAAAUCUUGUGUUUACCUACGUCUUUGGCAUCUUCAUAUUAUCGUGUCGACAUGUUAGAUCUCACGUAAUACUCAACUAAUCGUCAGGUCAAUUUCACAUGUUAGCUCGCAAAAGUUGGUACUUAUAUCUAAUUUCAAGUAACUAAUCCGUAAACCUGCUCAAACACAAAAAACGAAAUGCCAGACAAAGUCGAAACUUGAGAGUCGACUAAAAACAACAGGGAAAUUGAUGUAUUGGCAUCAAAAUAAAAAUGAGAAAAAGAAUAGCAAAGAUUGAGCAUAGGGUACCUUUGUAAUGUUCUUUCGUUACAAGAAGUCAGCAGAACCCUAGCGGCGCCGGGAUGACAGGGACUCCUUUCUUGGGUUCUGUUGCGGCCUAAUUAACAUUUACCUUUACGACUUUUUCUUUUUCUCCCAUUCCCAUCCGUGACAACAAUUUUUGUCAAUGCAUUCUUCUACUUUACUCUUUGUCAACCACAAAUUCUAACUAGAUAAAAAGCCCUUUAGGAAACUUCCUCCUUACUCACACACUCCUUAUAUUGUCCUCUUCCAACAUACUCCAAUCUUGCAUUUUGUACUUUGUUUCACACCCCACAAAAGCAUAUACUUGCUGAGUGCUUGAUUGAGUUCAAGAAAUGGAUAGGGGUCAAAAGAGAAAAUUACCAGUAAUGUGUGAAGAUGAAGGUGUGAGAUUUCCAUUGGAUGAGCUAAAUCAAGAUGUUCUUGAAAGGGUUCUUUCAUGGCUGCCAACAUCUACUUUCUUUCGCAAUACUUCUGUGUGCAAGAAAUGGAAAUCAGUGGCAGAUUCUGCUACUUUCAAGCUUGCUUGCUUACAGAUUCCAGCCCGGGAUCCCUGGUUUUUCAUGGUUGAUUCUCAAUCCCACCUAAAUUACCACCCCAUUGUCUUCGACUCUACCGAAAAAACCUGGAAAAAGCUCAAUUCUUUGCCACUCCUUCAAAAAAAUAAGUACCUUGACUCUUGCAGCAAUUUCAUUCCCGUUGCAGCAUCAGGUGGACUGAUCUGUUUCCACCGUGAACCUGGUGAAUUCAUAGCCUGCAACCCUGUCACCAGCUCGUGCCGUCGGCUAGCCUCAUUGGAUUCUCAGUGGCAAAAAAGCAAACACCUUCAGGCCAUUUCGAUGACCUCCACAUCUGAAUGCUUCAAGCUCGUGUCAGUCUCCGGGGAAUACCCAUAUUCAAUCCUCUCUUUCAGAACCUACAACUCCAGCACUGAUCAAUGGGAAGAAGACGCCGUCCUCAAUAGAAAGAUUGACAAUCCUGUUGAAACUGAAAUCGAAACCGAAGAUGAUUUCUCACUGUAUUUCUUGAGCAAGUGUGGCAAUGUAAUUUCCACCAAUUUGCAGAGGAACCCAUGUAAGCAGUAUUCAUCGGUGAUCAUCCAUAAAAACGACGAAGAAAUUCUUUAUUUCCUAAGCUCGUCUGGGACAGUUGUUUCCUGCAAUCUUACACACAAAUUCUUCUUCGAGUAUCCAAGAAUAUUGCCCGUCUUCUCGGAGUACGCAAUCGACAUAAUUGAAAGUGAAGGAGAAAUCUAUGUCGUAGUUCUUCACGAAUUCCUGGAAACUGCUACCCUUCGUGUAUGGAAAUGGGAUGAGAAAAAUCAGUUAUGGGUUCAGAUUGCAGCAAUGCCACCGGCAAUGUCCCAUGAGUUUUACGGCAAGAAAGUUGAUAUAAAUUGCACCGGCACCGGCAACGGCCACCAGAUGUUGGUCUGCCUGAAUUCUGCAGAAAACUAUAGCUAUGCUCUGUGCAAUUUGGUGACAAAUGAAUGGAUUGAAUUGCCCCAAUGCUAUAUGAAUGGGGAGUCCAAAGAAUUGGUGUGUGCAUUUUCUUUUGAGCCUAGGAUUGAAGCCUCCUUGUAGUUAGUUGGAUUGACUAAUUCAUGUUGUUGUUCAAGAUUUUUUAAUUUGUUUGGUAUUUGGAUA